GAUAUUAUAAAGGUCAAUAACACAUCCCAGAUCUUUAUUCAGUUUUGCAUAGCACUAGACGCUGCAAGAGUACAAUGUGUAAAAUGAUUUUAAACUUAAGUGUUCUAGUGGUUAUCGUAAUACAAUUAACGCGUGUGAACGCUGUAUGCCCUGGUCUUGUGACUAAAAAACAAUGGGGAGGCCUGAGUCCACUACAUGUCCAGUACCUGCCACGGCCAGUUAAUUUAGUUAUAAUUCAGCACACAGCCACUCCUACAUGCAGCACUGAUGAAGAGUGUCAAGAUAUUGUACAGAGCAUCCAAAACAAUCACAUGGAAGCCUUAAAUUUUUGGGAUAUAGGAAUGAAUUUUUUGAUUGGCGGAAAUGGAAAAGCUUACGAAGGCUCCGGCUGGUUACGCGUAGGAGCUCAUACCUAUGGCUACAAUAGUAAAUCCAUAGGCAUAUCGUUUAUUGGAAACUAUAAUACCGACGUGCCUCUACAAGCACAGAUUGAGGCAGCGCAGAAUCUUAUUCAAUGUGGUGUCGAAGAAGGCCACUUGACUCCUGACUAUAACUUGGUGGCCCAUAAAAAACUCAUUGCGACGGAGAGUCCGGGUAGAAAGCUUUACGCAGAAAUAAGAAGUUGGCCCCAUUACUUGGAUAACGUUUCAUCUAUUAAGAAUCAUUAAAUACGUUGUUUUAUAGAAAAUCAAAUGUGUAUUGUCAUGUAAACUAAUGUAAAUGUGUAUUCUCACUAUCUUUGUGUUAAGACAAUAUAAUAAAGUUAAAAAAUUAUUUUACUACA